AUGGUUCAGUACAAACUUUUGGCAUGCCUCUUCAUACCCUCCCUGUUGAUGGUCAACUGGCGGGUCUCCCACAGCCGCACUGUAACCACCAAGAUCCCCGAAUCCGUUGACCAAAAUGCGAUUAUCCGAGCUCUACAAGAUCAGCUGAGCUUCAUUCAAAUGAAUCCGGUGAUUAUAGGCAUAGACCAGGUCCCGACCGAUCCCGCAAUAUACGAGGACGAAUUGUUUCUUGCCUCUAAGACUGGGGGUCCGAUUGAGACAUAUAUGCUAAGCAGCGUGAUUACAAUCAUACCAUGGAUCGGUCUACAGGGCGAGAAACAUAUUCGGUUCCAGACCUGGUUGCGAAAUACCGAGUCCGGUGUCAAGACCUACGCUGAUGCACCGUUUGGUGUAUCCGUGAGAAGCCAAUGGAUGGUCCAGCCUGACACUACGCGUGGUGCAGAAGGGUGGAUACUCGUAGUUGAGAGAACUGUCGAGUGUAUAUGGUGGGUGAUGCCCUUCGUGGCAUUCACGUAUGAUGGAGUCCAUGCUAGCGUUGGUCGAGAUUUACUGGAGCUAGCUGGGAUGAAGGGGGCUUAA